AUUGGAACAUAUAACAAGCACGUCUCAACCCUUUACCAAUUACCGUUUCAUGAUGACACAAUGGCUGUGCUUUUCAUUACUGCACCAUCGUUUUUUGAAGUCACUUUUAAAAAGUGGCUGCAAAAAAAGUGGAAAAUUCUUGGAAAUUUUGAAGAACUAAAAGAACAUUUCGGUUCUUCUCCAUUACAGUUGUUUUUUAGCGAACAGUUUGAACAAUUGCGAAAGGUAUUUAUUCAUUUUAUAAAGUUCAUUUUUUCUAUCGUAAUACAUGAUUUUGAUCUUUUUCCAAAUCGGCGUCCUAAAAUACUUAUGACAGUAUGUGGUCAUGCAGCUGGCGCAGCAUAUUUUUAUCGACCAGAUGAUGAAAAUUUUACCAAUAAUAGCGGAGAACAGAUGAAGCGAAUGAUGGGUUUAAGUCUUCAUCCAAAAUAUGGAGGACAUUUCGCAUUUCGUGCGGUAUUCAUCUUUCCGCAUCUACGCUUAACAGAAAGUUUUAAAGAAAAAUCACCACCGAAAUGUUUGCAAACUGCGGAAGAACAACAACAGGCAAUUCGUUUAUUCAAUGAAUCCUGGAAAGAUGGUCGAUUCCGCGACUGUGGCUCUCCAGUCGAGAAGUACAGUGAUCUACAACUCGCAUAUUUUGCUCUUCCUCCGCCAGAACGUUGGUCUCUUAUAGCCCACUGGUUCGCUGAAUAA